AUGCCCCCUCGACGCGGCGGCGGCAAGAAUGUCCCCAACGCUUGGGCGGCGGCCGAGGUCACCGUCGUGCUUGACUGCCUAAAGUCCAAGGACUUCCUCUCGACGCACGCUCCGGACCUUGCAGAGUCGCCCCCCAGCUUCCCAAGCAUCACCGUGCAGGAGGCGUGCCAGCGCGAUUCGUGGCAGAACCAGCUGUGCGUCCCGGUGGCGCGCGCGGUGCAGGCGCGGACGGGCGAGCACAACAACCAGCAGGUGCGCCCGCUCGGGUCGGUCGCACUCAAGCUCGGCCAGAUGCGCAAGCACGCGCUCGCCCGCACCAGCGACGAGCGCGCCGCGCUCGAUGAGUUCGACGUCGCGUCCUUCAUGACCGCGGCGACCGACGCAAAGCC